AUGGAUCCAUUACACCAUUCAAAGGAGCAGGUCAUCGAAUGGGCUCUCCAUGUGUACUGCCAUACCUCGGAUUUGGAGUGUACGCUUGUGGUACAGGGGAGAAGGAUAGUUGUCCUCGAUGGUCUGAGCAGCCCAUGCUUUUCUGGGACCUCCAACAACAGGUCUUCAGAAGUAACAGUACAAUUGGCUAAACGAGGAAACCUAGAUCCUUACAGUUCCUAUAAUGCCACUGUGAACGCAGUUCUUUACACAGUCUGUCGCGGACUCUCACUCCUGAAGAAUGAAAAGCCAGCCUGUUUCGGCCAGUUUCAUUGGGCCUUUCAGACACGUAUAAAAGCCCAUUUGGGACAGUGGAUCUCUGAGAAUGAGGAUGUCAAGAUCCGAGGCGAAAGCUUUUCGUACUGGUUCGACGAGACUGUAGGCCAGCUACCACGUUUUAUCACUUCAGUGUUAUACAUGGGAACUCUUUGUGCCUUUUCCACAAUCCUUCCAGAUGUUCCAGUUACCGGUCUAAAAAUAUUUGAGCCUAUGGCAAUGAAAACAGCUCGUGGCUUCCUUGAAAGGGAAGAGGAGUCUUUUAUGGACCCCGGGAUCCCCCACUCUGAACCGAAGAUAUUCAAUCUGAAGGAUGCCGAUGAGGGGCUCUUAUGUCUCUCAUCAUCGGAAAUGCGUCUUGUGGUUACAGACGAAGGUCUAGUUGGUCUUGCGGUCAAAGAAGCAUCGCAGGGUGACGGUUUGGUGCAAUUGGAAGGUUGCGAACGACCCUUAGUAUUGAGAAGGGCUAAAGCUGACGAAAGUGCCUGGGAGAUUGUUGGUGAAGGUUGGUUAUGUUAUGCCUCAACUGCUCCCUCAGUAAACUCUGAAGUUUGUAGCUACACUAUAGUCUGA